GGCAGGGAGAGCAGCACCACAAUAUACUAAUUUUCCCUUCUGGGGCUCUGUGAGAGAGAUUGAUAAAAGAGAGGAGGAGAAGAAGAAGAGGAAGAAUAACCAGAACCAGAACAAGAAGAAGGCUGAGAGAUCCACUGAGAAGGAGAUAUGUCUGACCUAGACCGCCAAAUUGAGCAGUUGAAGAAUUGCGAGCCGCUCAAGGAGUCUGAAGUUAAAGCUCUCUGUCUCAAGGCCAUGGAAAUCCUCGUCGAAGAGAGCAACGUUCAAAGAGUUGAUGCCCCCGUUACUAUAUGUGGAGACAUUCAUGGGCAGUUUUAUGACAUGAAAGAGCUUUUUAAAGUAGGAGGCGAUUGUCCAAAGACCAACUACUUGUUUCUUGGCGAUUUUGUUGACAGAGGAUUUUACUCGGUUGAGACAUUUCUAUUACUACUUGCUCUAAAGGUGAGAUAUCCAGAUCGAAUCACUCUUAUAAGAGGGAAUCAUGAAAGCCGUCAAAUCACACAGGUUUAUGGAUUUUAUGAUGAGUGCCUUCGGAAAUAUGGCUCCGUGAAUGUUUGGAGAUACUGUACUGAUAUUUUUGAUUACUUAAGUCUCUCGGCUCUCAUUGAAAACAAGAUAUUUAGCGUCCAUGGUGGUCUCUCUCCUGCCAUAACAACACUAGAUCAAAUUAGAACGAUUGAUCGGAAGCAAGAAGUACCUCAUGAUGGUGCCAUGUGUGACCUACUGUGGUCUGAUCCUGAAGACAUUGUAGAUGGCUGGGGUUUGAGUCCUCGAGGUGCUGGUUUCCUGUUUGGUGGCAGUGUAGUUACUUCUUUCAACCACACAAACAACAUUGAUUAUAUUUGUCGAGCUCAUCAAUUGGUAAUGGAAGGAUAUAAAUGGAUGUUCAAUAAUCAGAUAGUUACAGUGUGGUCAGCUCCUAAUUAUUGUUACAGAUGUGGUAAUGUAGCUGCUAUACUACAACUGGAUGAGAACCUUAAUAAACAGUUUUGUGUCUUUGAUGCUGCUCCACAGGACUCAAGAGGAAACCCUGCAAAGAAACCCGCACCAGAUUACUUCCUCUGAUGAAAUCUCGAAGUGGAGAAGAUAAUGCUCGUCAUUUCGUGUAUGUUCCAACCGAUAAACGAUAGAAAAAUUCUGGAGUUGCAUGGUGGAGAGACGAUCUCACGACACCAUGAGAAUCAAUGCCAUUGGACACGGAUUCCUUAAGCAGCAAAAGCUGUGAUCAGUUAGGAUGGUUGAGUUUAGUUUCCUGGUUUAUCAGCUAUUUGUUGUAAUGAGUGCAUUAGAAAUUGUCAUGUAAAAUGCAGAUUCCAGGCAGAUGAUUGGGGUCUUCCAAAAGGAGGUGCUCUCAAUAUUCCAUGUGGGUUAGGGAUAAGUUUGACAUUGGUGAGGGGGAGAUAUCUGAAUUAUUAUAAUGGAUGAAUUAUAAAAGGGAAAGAGAGAGAGAGAGAGAGAGAGAGAGAGAGAGAGAGAGAGAGAGAGAGAAAAUAUGGUUUUCUGUUGCCGCGUUGGACUAAAAGUAAUGAGACUCCAAAUUCUUUUUCAAGGAUUACUCUCUUUUGAGGCCUUUCAUCUUCCACUUCAUUUUCUUUCUUUUUUUUAAAACUAUUUUUCAAUAGUUUCUAUGGCUUUCUGCCAUAUGAUUUCUAUA